GGCAGGAGCGGGCGCUGUGUGCUGGCGCGGCGGGACGACUUCCAUCACCUCGCCAGUACAAGAAAAGCUAACAGCAGUAACAAAGGUUCAAAAAUGUUGAUAAAGGAGUGAUCUAUUCCACAUGAAAAUUAGUGUCUGCUCUGUACCUUUACAAGAAAUCUGAACACAAAAGGGGUUUGGUUUCUGGACAAAGCUGAAGAAAACGCCUAGAAGUAAGGUGAAGAAGCAUUCCUUACAUAGGUUAAGGAGUGUGUGUGUGAAAAAUCGACAAAGCCAAGAACGUCUUUGACUGGAUAGAUUUUUCAACAUGAAUCGUGCUUUUAGCAGGAAGAAAGACAAAACAUGGAUGCACACUCCUGAAGCCUUAUCAAAGCAUUAUAUUCCCUAUAAUGCAAAGUUUCUUGGCAGUACGGAAGUGGAGCAGCCCAAAGGCACUGAAGUUGUAAGAGAUGCUGUUAGAAAAUUAAAGUUUGCAAGACAUAUCAAGAAAUCUGAAGGCCAGAAGACACCCAAAGUUGAAUUACAAAUCUCAAUCUAUGGUGUAAAAAUUCUAGAUCCAAAAACAAAGGAAGUCCAGCACAACUGUCAGCUCCAUAGGAUAUCAUUUUGUGCUGAUGAUAAAACUGACAAGAGAAUAUUUACUUUCAUAUGCAAAGACUCGGAAUCAAAUAAGCAUCUUUGCUAUGUAUUUGACAGUGAGAAGUGUGCGGAAGAGAUAACUUUAACAAUUGGUCAAGCAUUUGACUUAGCUUACAGGAAAUUUCUGGAAUCUGGAGGAAAAGAUGUUGAAACAAGGAAACAAAUUGCAGGUUUACAGAAAAGAGUAAGUUCUGAAUUAUGGAUUCAAGAAUUAGAAACUGAAAACACAGAACUGAAAAAUAAAGUUCAAGAUUUGGAAAACCAAUUAAGAGUAACACAAGUACAUGCAUCUCCACUGCUGCACAUAAAGUGUGAUAAUGAUGAACAUAUGUUUCAAAGACCCUCUACUUUUUUCUGGUGUAACAGUGAGGAUUCACCUCCUUGUUUAGAUAUCUCUUCCAUUACACUUACUCCUAGGAGUUCUCCUGACUCUAGACUACCACCUGGAUUGUUAAUACCACCACCUUUAAAAAGUGGUCUUCCAAAGCCAACAAAUGAAUACAGCUGCCCAAGACCUCAUGCAGGCAGUGUGACACCUAAAUCACCCUCCACUGACAUCUUUGAUAUGGUUCCCUUUUCUCCCAUAUCCCCUCAGUCAUCAACACCUACUCGCAAUGGUACACAGCCUCCUCCAGUACCCAGUAGAUCUACAGAGAUCAAGAGAGACCUUUUUGGAGCAGAACCUUUUGACCCUUUUAGCUGUGGAGCAGGAGAUUUCCCUCCAGACAUUCAGUCCAAACUAGAUGAGAUGCAGCGUCAGCGAUGGAGGGGUUCAAAAUGGGAUUAACUCUUGAAGGCACAGUGUUUUGUCUUGACCCACUAGACAGCAGGUGCUGAUGCCAAGAAACUGUAUGUGAAAAUCCUACACGGUGUUGUUUGGUUGUUUUUUUUUAAUCCUGAACAUGUAUUCACAGAUAUUAUCCAUGUGCCAAAAAUUGCUUUUUUCAACAUGUAAACAAACUCUUGUGAGGUUUGCUUCUAUAAAAAUCCUAUUUAGUUCUAGUCUAGCCCUGUACAAAUGUAAAAAGUUAUAUUUGUUUAUGAAAUAUGAAUUAAGUUACGCUGUUACGUUUCUUUCUCUCACAUUUUGCCCCAGAUUACUAUGGUUUAUUACUAUUAGCCUAGAGAAGUUCUUCAGAAAGCUUGCACAUACCUCUCUCUGUUUGCAGACAUGCAAGCAUGAUUUACAAGUAAUACUUUACCUGGCAGCAUUUUGAAAUUAUGCUUUUAAGCCAUUAUUUAAUAUUCAAGCAGUAAAAUGUUCAAUAUUUAGUACAAAAAGUUCAAAUUGCAGUGAAAAGGCAGAAAAUACUAACCAUUAAUAUACUCUUAAAAGGUAAAUCUGGAUGCUGUUUAAUUGAUCUCCUUUACUGUGUAUCAUUACUAUGCUGUAUAUAUGUCAUUACUAGUUUACAAAAUCCAGAAGACAUUUAGGUCCUUAAUUCAUGUUUUAUAAGCUAACAAAUUGUUAGUAUGCUAAUCAGUGUUUAUUAGCAUAGAAGAACUGCUAAUUGCAGACUGGACAAAGUAACUGCCCUUUCUUUUGGUAUUUUAUAGCUGAAUUGUAAAGUAUGUAAUAUGGAAUUCUUUAUAUGCUAACCAUAACUUAGAAAGAAGAUUAUGGUCUUGCAUUUACUUAGGAGUUUAUAUAAUUUUGUAUAGAAGCAGGCAUUCCAUUUACUGGGCUCAGUCCUGUAAGUUACUUUCAACACCUGACUGUUUACAGUCAGGCUCUGUUGAGUAUUUUUUUCACUGUCUGCUUUAAUGCUAUAUGUCUUACUAUAAUUUUAAAGGUUGCUGUAAAAAUUCUAUAUAAGUUCAUAAGUCUUUCAUACCCACUGGUUGUUACAGAAGUAACUGCAGUUUUCAGCUGCUAGCAAGUUGAAUGCUGACCUGUCUAUGCAUACUCUUCAUUAAUCUUCAGCCAUAAGCAAUAAAAUACCAUCUUAAACCUAUCUCAGAAAAUUAUCAUUAAUGUUUUGAUGCCCAAACUGCACAUUAGUUCAAUUGAAAAACUUUAAAAACUCUAGUAUUUUUCCCUCAAAACAUACAGAUGUGGAAAAAACCAAAAUUUUAGAUUUUUCUUGUUUUCAUUCCUUUUCCAUUAGAAGUUUUUUGUAAUACCUACGGUUUUGUCUAUAACAGUUACAGUUCACAAUGAAAAAACAGUUUGUAAAUUCAGUAUCACAUGCAUAUGUUUAUGCCUUGUUCAACAACAUACUUCUGCAUAUACCUUUGAAGUCCACAGAAAUUAAUUGGAUUAUUACUUUAGUCUUCCUCUUUCCUAUUCUAUGUUCAACAUUCAUGUAGAGUGUUAUAUAUAAAUAUAUAUAUUAAAAUAUAUCAAAUCACUAAUAGUAUAUGUUUCAUAAAGAGAAAUCUUUAUAAUUUUGUUUGUCAUAGUAUUUUGGAAUUUGUAUAACGAGGAUGUUUAGUAGCCAUAGGAAUGGCUUUUUUUAACAAAUAGAAUUUGUAUUUUUAUUGUACUUUAAAAAGCUUUACAUAAUGAGAAUCUAUUUAGUGGUCAUUUAUUAUCAAUGGUAACACUAAAAUAAUAUUUGCACACUUUAAGAAACCUUUUUCGUUACUGAUUUUUAUUAUAGUUGACUGCAAACAGCAUAGUUAAAUAUUACAUACCUGGUCAAUCCAUACAAAAAUACUUAUAUCAACACAACAGUGCAUUUUUAAUGAAAAGGUUAUGUGAUCCAAUUGGAAAUUGUAUUUUAUGUAAUCUCAAAUGUCUGUUUAAUUUUGCCUAAAAUAAAUGUUUUUAAAUAAA